GAGAGCGCCGGGCAGCAGAAUGGAGUGUCCUUUGAACGGAAGCCAGAGGGAACAGGUGGCCCCGCAGAGCAGAGCGCAGCAGGCUCAUAACUGCCAGAGUUCUGGGGUAAAAGAUACUCCUCUCUCCCCACGCUUAAUCCAGCUCGGUUACGCAGAGUAUAGAAGGCGGGCAGCUCUGUCCCACUUUUAAUCCAGCGCUGGCGGCCGUCGGCAACGGCGACGAAGCUGAGCUGAAGGCCGAGGAGGGAACCCCAGGUCUGGACGCCUCUGCCAAACACCCAGCGUCUGAGGAGGCUCCCCUGGGAGGAGAGCAGAGGAUGGAGAAGGAGGGAGGGUCUUGCAGCACCCCCAGCACAGAAGGGGGAGCAGAGGCGCCUGCCGUGGGCCUGGGGGAGCCGAGAGAAGCAGCGGAAGCCGGGCCUGAAGAGCCAAGCCAGGAGGUGAAAGGGGAAGGGGGAGCAGGGCAGGAUGCGGCCAAGGCAGUGGAAGAGAGCCAUACACCAAGCCAAGCCGCCGUGGCAGGAGGGGAAGGGAGCCACGAAAGCCCACCAAGCUCCCAGCAGAAGCACCUUGAACUUCAGCAGAGCCUCAGCUGCCCAGCACACCUGCCCAGCCUAGCAGAUAUUCCGGAAGAGGCUCCGGCUGACCUCAAGGAGCCGACUCCUCAGGAACCGGCGGCUCCCACCCACAAAGCAGACCCGCCACCCCCUGGGGAAGCCAAGGAGGCCCCCCCUGAUUCGGCGCAAACCCCAGCGGCGGCAGAGCAACUGGGCCCAGCGGAUCAAGGAGAAAGGACCUUGGCCGAACCCGCUCCCUUAGCCCCAGGGGCCACAACUCAGGAUGCUGGUGAGCCCAGUGUUUCCGCAGCGCAGCCGCCGUCGGAAGGAAGUGAGACCGCGGCAACCCCUGCAGAGGUUCCGGAUACCCCAACCAGCCCAUACCUCACUCCGGACUUUGGCAAAGAGGACCCGUCCCUGAUUUUGGAUGACACUCCUCCUCCACCUGCUCCCUUCACCCAUCGCAUUGUCCAGUUGAGAACGGCGGAGUUCAAAGACACCUACAGCAUCAACACCAAGGAGAUGCUGGGAGGGGGGAAGUUUGGAGAAGUCCGUACAUGUGCAGUGAAGGAGACGGGCCUCAAGCUGGCCGUGAAAAUUAUUAAGAAGCAGGGGCCGAAAGACAGGGAAGCGGCCGAGGUGGAAAUCGACGUGAUGAAUCAGCUGAACCACCGGAACCUGAUCCAGCUAUAUGACGCCAUCGAGACUCCAAAGGACAUCAUGCUCUUCAUGGAGUUUGUGGAGGGCGGCGAGCUCUUUGAGCGGAUCAUCGACGAGGAUUACCAGCUGACGGAGGUGGACUGCAUGGUCUUUGUGCGCCAGAUCUGCGACGGGAUCCUCUUCAUGCACCACAUGAGUGUUCUCCACCUGGACCUCAAGCCGGAGAACAUCCUGUGUGUGACCUCGACCGGCCACAUGGUGAAGAUAAUUGAUUUUGGACUCGCCCGAAGGUACAACCCCAGAGAGAAGCUGAAAGUGAACUUUGGCACCCCCGAGUUCCUGUCUCCGGAGGUGGUCAGCUACGAACAAGUCUCCUACACAACGGAUAUGUGGAGCAUGGGGGUGAUCACCUACAUGCUGCUGAGCGGACUCUCCCCUUUCCUGGGCGACAACGACACGGAAACCCUCAACAACGUCCUGGCAGCCAACUGGUAUUUUGAUGAGGAAGCUUUUGAGGGCAUCUCCGAAGAAGCCAAGGACUUUGUCUCCAACUUGAUUAUCAAGAACAAAAGUGGACGCCUGAGUGCCGCCCAGUGCCUGCAACACCCCUGGCUCAACAACUUGGGAGAGAAAGCCAAGCGGGUCAAUCGGCGGCUGAAAUCCCAGGUCCUGCUCCGAAAAUACGUGAUGAAGAGGCGAUGGAAGAAAAACUUCAUCGGCGUCUGUGCUGCGAACCGGUUCAAGAAGAUCACCAGCGCGGGAUCUCUGACCGCGAUGGGCGUCUGAGUGGCGGGGCUGGAAGCGGGCAGAAUCGAGCGACACGUGGAUGGAAAGGGGGCAGGGGGAACUCCCGACGGGAAGCUUGAACUGCGUUGCUCUCCUGGUGCCCCACAUCUCAGGGACUUGCUUGGGCAAGAGGAUCGGGGCCUGCCCCAGAGCUGGCUCCUUCCCAGAGAGCUGGGGGCAAGAAGCCGGUGGACGCCGGCCUGGAACUUUUUAGUAGGGAAGCUCCCUCUAUGUGUAUGAUAUUUGCUCUCUCUGAUAGCAUCCCCAUAUUCCUGCGCAGUUGCCACUAAGCCAAUCUUCCCUACCUCUCCAUAUUGUCUGACUUGAGCAACGUCCUCCUGUUUAGUGGCUAUUCUGCUACCUCUCCCUCUUGGACUCCACGCUCCACACAAACCCAGCUUCCUAGAUGCCCUGCUGCUCUUGGACUGCUGCUAAGGACCUCGCCCGACAUACGUCUGACCGUUUGCUGCUUUCAAGGGACCUUCCGAAACCACUGCAGCCAACUGCAUCUCCUUACCUUUGCUAUGCCUUGUUUUUUGCCUCCGAUUCCACGUGCAAACUUUAAGGGAACUGGUUUCUGGGAUGACUGCGGCUUGGCUGAACUGCAGUCUCCCCGCUGUGCCCAUCCUCUCCCCAGCGGCCCGGACUGGUUCUGUAACCUUCCCCAGCAAACCAAAAUCUUGCCCCACAGUGCUGGGGAGAGCAUCUUCCCAAGUCCCCAAGAUUGUGCAUACAGGGCGUGUUGGAUCGCCCCCAACCCUUGACUGAGAAAGACGGCUCCCAAACCUUUGCUAUAAGGAUUUUGCCAGGCUGCCAACCCUGUGCCCGUCUCCUUCUGCAGAACGGCUUCUCGGCUUCCAGUCUGCUUGCGCCACCCACAAACCGCUCGCUGCCUUGGCACCCCCGAGACGUCUCUGCUCUGACUUUUUGCACAGAAGUUGCGCCUCACGACCCUGCUUAGGAAGGCCUUGUCCCCCUGCGUGCUCUUGGAGCAUAGCUGUCAACUUUCCCCUUUUCUUGCGAGGAAUCCUAUUCGGAAUAAGUGACUUUCCCUUAAAAAAAGGAAAAAUUUGACAGCUAUGUCUUGGAGUUAGCCGAGGUUCGCAGCGUUUCUCAACCUCGGGUCCCCAGAUGUUGUUGGACUACAACUCCCAUCAUCCCUGAGCUCUGGCCUUGCUAGCUAGGGAUGAUGGGAGUUGUAGUCCAACAACAUCUGGGGACCCAAGGUUGAGAAAGACUGCGUGACGGUCUAGCGCAAGCAAUGCCUCAUCCCCACAAGGGCAGCCUUGCAGAUCCCCCCCAGCAAAAAAACCACACACCAAAAACAACCCCAAGGACUUGAACCCCACUGCGCCAGGGACGGCUGUGGGAAGCUGAUAAUGCGGACAGGAAACUGCCUUUUCCGGCCUGCGCACUCAGAGAUCCUCUAGGCUCUGGGCGGGCAGGAAGCGAACAGCCGGCAUUCCAGGAGGAGCAUCCCCAGAUGGGCAGCUGGUCCAGAGGAGGCGGCGGAGGAGAAUAAGAAGACAGCAUUGUGCAAACCACUUUGUGCUAACCUCUUUGCCCUCCUGCGCUGCCGAAGGGUCUGGAAGGGGAACGGGGAGGAGUGGAAGGGGAAGGGGAGAGCAAGGCUCUUGCAUCCCACCCCCCACCCCCAGAGGAAGAGGGGAAGGAGCUGGACUAAUGAAGACCAUCUGGGCUGGGCUGGCCUGGCCACGGCCGCCUCCUCGCCCAUCUGAAAGGGCUGCUUCAGAGCCGGCCACCAACAGAGAGGAGUGCUCCAAGUGUGCCUGUUGAGUGUUUGUGCACACAUCGGAGAUCUCCUCCAUUAGCCCAGGGUCACUCCCCUGUAGAUCCCGGGAAACUGGCCUCAAAUGGAACUGCAGGCCAAAGCCGAGUGUGUUUUUGCAAAACCUCUUUUAUUUAAACUUCCCUCCAACUCCCCCUUAGGUUAAUGACCCAGAAUAACCCGGGGAAACGUAGUUCCGUGGAAGGGUGUGGAGGAAGCAGGGGUGUUAACAAGAGUUUGAUUGUGGCUUUUAGUUCCUGCAGCACUUGGUGUGCUUUGGGAAUCCUCACUACAUGUGCCUUUCCCGCAGCCGAGCCAGGUAGGUCACUCAUGAGCCCAUUUUCCUGAUGGGCAAGCUGAGGACAGAAGGAACCAGUACAAGGGAUGUGGACUGCCACUGAAAGGAGAAACCUGGAGUCUCUCCCAUCUCCUGGUAACAUGUGCAGGCUGCCGCAACUUGGCACCUGCCAGAUGUUCUGGACUACAACUCCCAAAAACAUGGCCCAGCAUGUCUGCUGGCCAGGGAUGGUGUUGGAAGGGCAGUAGCCCAGUGGCAGAACACCGGUCCCAGGUUCAAAUCCUGACAUCUCCAGGUAGGGCCAGGAAAACGCCCCACCUGAAGCCCUUGGAGGGCUGCUGCAAGUCAGUGUAAGCAAUGCUCAGCUGAAUGGACCCGUGAGUCUGACUUGGAAUCAUGCGACAUCAUAUUUUCCGAUGUGAUGGAAGGGGGUGGACCCUGGUUCCGGGAGGUUUUUAAGCAGAGAUUGGAUGCCCAUCUGCCAUGGAAUCUUGAGUUGAGAGAAGGCUGAUAUAGAAGACAAAGUCUGAGAUUGGACAAGUUUCCCCAACUGUGCUGGGUCUGGAGGUUAACCCGAGCAAUGCGGUCCAGGUCCGGUCCCGAAUCCAAGGAUUCCACAAGGAGUCAGUCCAACAGGGUCAAGGCAGGAAACCAGGCUAAGUCAGGCACA